CCUCGGGACUAAUGCAGUUCCUGUUUUUGCUUUGUGUGUUAGGAUGGUCGGUCGCCCACUCUGUGCAAAAUCCCAGACUAGCUGAGUUUAUCCUUCAGUCCAUUCCCGGAGAUCAGAUCCACCAGCGCACCUCCUCCUGCGGAGUCAUGAAGGGGGAUCCGCAUUCUCGGCACCUUUCCAGCGGAACAGAGCAUUCGUCCAGGCUUCAGAAAGACGAAGAGGAAGAGGAGGAUCCCCCUGGUGCAGAAGAAGGGUCGCCCAAGUCUCCACUCUGGGUCUUCGGUUACGGUUCGCUGGUUUGGAGACCUGAUUUUGAAUUCACUUCCCGCAAAGUGGGCUAUAUCCGGGGCUACAGCCGCCGCUUCUGGCAAGGAGACACCUUCCACCGGGGUAAUGAAAAAACGCCUGGAAGAGUGGUCACCCUUCAGGAAGAUUAUAAUGGGUGCACAUGGGGUAUUGGCUAUGAACUUCGCGGGCAUCAAAUUGCUGCUGUCCUUAAGUAUUUGAACAUGCGGGAAGCAGUGCUUGGAGGCUAUGACACCAAGCUGCUGAAGUUUUAUCCCCAGGAAGAAGAGGCAGAUGAGCCUAUUCUAGCCCUUGUUUAUAUUGCAACACCUCAGAAUCCCUCCUAUCUGGGGCCAGCAUCUGAAGAGGAUAUUGCAGCUCAAAUUAUAGUCUCCAGUGGGCGCGCUGGCCACAACAUCGAGUACCUUCUGCGGCUGGCGGACUUCAUGCGCUACUGUUGCCCUCAAGUAGAGGAUGAACAUUUGUUCUCGAUUGAGGAAGCCCUGAUCUCUAUCCUGCCCUGUAUAUAUCCUGCUGAGGACCCCUUGGUACAAUGAAUUUGACAGUAUUCACAAAAAUGAUUGGAUGAACACUUUUUAACCAAGGUCAUGACUGAAUACGUGAUCUAAUGCAACUGAAGCCAGGUUUAAAAACCUGUAGAUGUAUAGACAUUGGGAGAGAAAAGUAGUGGAGCAACGGUGAUAGAACUACGGAUUAAGUAGCAUUGCACUCCAGCCUUGAGUAGAGAUUGGAGAGAUCCAUUGCUAUUCUACCAACUGCCAGCAAUACAAAACUGGUUGAAACAUACUUCCCAGUCUCACUUGUACACUCCAGAGAUUAAGUCCUACUGAAUUUAAUAGGGCUUACUUUCAGAGUUCAUGCAAGUGGGACUGCUGCUGUUUUGCACUUAUUCACAGUGUUCUUUGAAUUGCUGAAGAGAAAGGGGGAUGAAGAUAAACUAUGUUUUCCUUUGCAUGUUUCUGCAGCCCUCUUCAUCCAAAGCAGGGCCAUGAUUAUAAUGCUAUGAGCC